AUGCACGCCGGGAAGUACGAGAAGGAAUACCCCGCAAAAACCCCUUUACGUGCCGCAAGACUCAAGGAACUGAAAGCACGCCUGUCUGAGCAGCAGGCACAAUUCACCAGACCUAAUGAACAGUCGAAGGCCGCAACAAUUGCUUCAUAUCGGGCUAGUCACAUCCUUGCUAAACACAAGAAGCCAUUCAAAGACGGCGAGGCGUGGAAGGAAGGCUUUCUGGAGGCCGCGGAUAGCCUAUUUGACGGCUUUAAAAAUAAAACGGAGAUCAUGAAGGCGAUUAAAGAUGUACAAAUGUCCCGCAAUACCACUACAAAGCGAUGUGAGGUAAUGGCUGUGGACGUGGAGGAGCAGCUAAGAAAGGACAUCGAUGCAUGUGAAUGCUUCUCUCUGCAGUUUGAUGAGUCAACUGAUAUGGUGGAUGUGGCUCAGUUAUGUGUUUUCAUCAGAAUGGUUUUCGAAGACAUGAGCGCCAGGGAAGAGCUACUGACCAUGUUGCCACUAAAAGGACAAACGAGAGGCGAGGAUAUUUUCAAUGCCUUCAUGACAUUCGCCCGCGAGACAAAACUGCCGCUCUUUAAACUGAUUUCUAUAACCACUGACGGUGCCCCUGCUAUGAUAGGCCGCACAAAUGGAUUUAUAGCACUGUGCAAGCAAAGUGAGUCUUUUCCAGACAUUCUGAAUUAUCACUGUAUUAUCCACCAGCAAGCACUAAGCGGGAAGAUCGUUCAAAUGAAAGACGUGAUGGAUAUCUGCAUGAAGAUUGUGUGUUCAGUGCGCGCCAGGAGUCUUCAGAGAAGGCUUUUCCGUGCACAUCUGGAGGAAAGCGACGCUGAGCACACCGAGCUGCUGCUUCAUACAGACGUCAGGUGGUUAAGCAGAGGGAAGUUUUUAGCCAGAUUCACAGAGCUGCUGCCAGAAAUCAAGGAAUUCUUGAAGCUGUCUAAACAUGCAGAUUAUCAUGACAAGCUAAAUGACCACCAGUGGCUUUUAGAUUUAUCUUUCCUCACCGACCUCACCCACGAACUCAAUUUGUUGAAUGUAGACCUGCAGGGUAAAGAUAAAGACGUAGUCCAGAUGAUGAGUUCUGUGAACACUUUUAAAAGCAAGCUACAGCUCAUGUCACGGCGGCUGCAGCAGCGCGACCUGCACACAAACUUUCCAAAUAUGCAUGCUGAACUACAAAGUCAAGGUAAAAGGCUGACGCAACUUGAUAUUGACCGCUAUAUGGAGCAUGUUCAGAACGUCUCGUCAGAAUUUGAGCGGCGUUUUACUGACUUUGCGACCCUCGAACCUGUAGCAACCUACAUGUGUAAUCCGUUUGGUGCAAAUGUUGCUGUUGGUGACAUUGCUGACAAAGUCAAAUCACUGUUCGAUUUGGAACGCGAUGCGAUUGAAAACGAGAUUCUAAAAUUGCAAAAUGACAUUGUCAUGAAAGCCAAAUCAACAUCGGCCCCGCCUGGAAAGCACGCAGCGUUCUGGGAGCUGCUGUUGGAUGAGAAAUACCCCAAUCUCCGAAGAUGUGCUUUAAACCUGACAGCUCUUUUUGGUUCCACUUAUUUGUGCGAGUGUGCGUUCUCGCACAUGAAAAUUAUAAAGUCCAAGUACCGAUCAACAAUGACUGACGACCACCUUGUAGCCUGCCUACGCCUUGCAAUCAGUACCUACACUCCUGCCUACGAAAAGCUCGCCUCCUCCUCCCAGUGCCAGGAUUUUGAGGAGUAUCCAGAGCACCGCACACACUUCUUCUACCUGCUGCAGGCAGUGAAUUCCCACUGCUUCCCAGCCUUCCUUGCCAUUCCCCCAGCACAGUUCAAACUGGUGUUGGACUCCAUCAUCUGGGCCUUUAAGCACGUGGCUGAAAGCAAAAUAGGCUGCGUUGUUGAGGAUCAGCACAUUCUUUGGGACCUGGGACCAGAAAGCAUCCAUCAGAUGGCGCAAGCAAGAAACUCCAAGAGCUUUAGGGUUGUUCUCUGCCUCUGUCCCCCAGAACGCACAGAAAUGCGAACAGAAACGAGAGCCUGUAUCAGAGUUAUUGGAACGAACAGAGUGACUGUUGACACUGGCAGGGGUCACCGGGCGCACGUCCUGAAUUUUGACGCUGUUUGGAAUGAAGGGGCUUCGCCAAAAGAAAUCUAUGAGUCAACAACAAAGUCCUUGGUGGAGUAUGUGAUGAAAGGUUAUAAUGGAUGCGUCAUAUUGUAUGGACAGUCCACCAGUGGAGAGGCACACCCAGCUCAAGCCUGCACUGCCAGACAGAGGGGCAUCAUCAGCCGUACUGCUGAGGACAUCUUUAAUUCUCCAGAGGCUUCUCACUGCAGAGUCAGAGUGUCCUGUUAUCACAUCUCUAAUGAGAAGAUUUAUGACUUGUUGGAGCCUCAGGUGAGUGAGGUUUGCCGUAUCCAUGACACAGAGGAAGUGGUACUGCUGGAGGGGCUGAGAGAGCUGGAGGUCGGCUCUGCUCAGGAACUGAUGGAUGUGUACCACAGUGGGAUCACCCACAGGAACACAGGUGUCUCAAAAGGAGAUUUUGCCAGCAAGUCUCACAUGAUGUUAAACAUUAUGGUCAUAAAUAUGAGGGGCAAGUCUGAUAAAGAAGGAGUUUUGACAGCCAGCAAGCUUACUCUGGUGGGUCUUGCAACUUCAGGCAAAUCUGCACAUAACAGUUCUGCAGUUCUGGAUAUGAAAAGAAGUUUCCAUGUGGCUCAAGAAAACCCUCAGGAGGCCAAAACAAUUAAACGAUCCCUUACAAUCUUUAGAAAUGUAAUAUUUUCUCUGAGCAACACAGGCGCUCAACACAUUCCAUAUAGAGAGUCCAAACUCACUCGUGUUCUGAGAGACUGUCUGGGAGGAAACUGUCGGACAUGUCUUAUGGUCACUGUGCCAAUCCAGUCAUCCUCCAUCACAGAGAUGAUGAGCUGCCUGCAGUUUGCUGCACAGGCUUUGAAUGUACCUUCACGGCCUGUACACACCUCCCAGAUCCACUACACACCUGCACAGGUACAAAACAUGUGGACAGCAGAAAAAAACAGCCUUCUUCUGACUAGAACACAGAUCCUCCCACUGGUCAGUGCUGAUCGAAGAUCUCAGGCCUCCUUGCCCUCUAUUGUGAGCAGUCCAGGACAUCUCACUCAGCUCAAACCCAAACGCAGCCUGGACGUUUUAGAGAGCCGCCCCUUCUUGCCACAACUAGAGAAACCCAGACCACCAGAACCAAGCGGAUAUCACAGCUGUGGCUCUCGGUUUACAGAGGAAAAGAGUGGAGCAGUGGAUGUGUGUGUCAUGAAAAGUGCCAUCCCGCUCUCCCGAUGCCUCUCUGGGUCUGUUUUUGCGGAUCCCCUACACCGUCACUCUGCUGAGAAACCUUCAUCCUCACUCAGCUCCUCAUCUGUCCCUCCACUGCUACAUGAGUGCUUCAACUGCAAACAGGAACGAAAGAUCAGGGAGGAGUAUGACAAAUUUGUAAUUCAGGUGAAGAGAGAUAGAGACAGCCUGAGACAGAGAGUGACAGAGCUGGAGAAAGAGCUGAAGAACAGAGGAGGAGAGCAGAGAGAGAAUGGAAAGGUGGAGAAAGACAAGCGAAGAGCAGAGAGAGAUGUCAGAAGACAGGAGACAGCGCCUGGAAGUAAUGAAACCAAGAAUGAAAAAAAGACCGAAGAUGAAGUGAGACAGAUCAGUACAGAGGGAGAUGAAAGAGAAAUUGGAAAAGACAAAGUUGAAAAAGAAGGGAAUGAUAACAGCAGACAGUGCAGAGAGACAGAAUGGAAGGAGGGGGGAAGAGAAGAAGAAAGAGACAGUAGAGAGAAAAGAGAGGGAGAAAAAGAGAAUGACUCAACUGGAAAGGAAUCUGUCAGCACCUCACAUGGGGUAACAGGCACGCCAAAAAACACUGAGGAGAGCCUGCUGUCUGAGCUGCACAGCAUCACAAGGGAGUAUGAAGGACUGAGGAAGAGUGCAGCUCUGUCCAUCAUGCAGCUCCAAAAAGAAAAGGCUGAGCUGCUCUCUCACGUAGAUGACACCAAAAGCUGCUAUGAAAGAGUUUGUUUAGAGAAUGCAGAACUAAAAGCAAGACUUGAAGCCCUCUUGAAAGAAGCCAACUCCAGACCAUGCUCUAGUUGCAAUGGCAUCACAGACACACACGGCUCACACACACAAACAAAUGCAUGCAACUCCCAUACGGACACGCACUCCUCACACACACACACGGUCACCACUAACACGGAAAUGCUUCUUGUGUCACACAGUGUUCGUCAACAGUGCACCAGCAAUCUUCCUCAAGAUAAAAGGAGUAAGUGUUGCUUUAGCUCAUGCUCUGGCUUCCAAGAAUCAUCUGAACCAUCCGAGCCGACUUCACACACCUGCCACUGUGAACCAACAAUACCCAAACCUAACCUCUACAAACAACUAAGGAGGGAGCACAGUCUGUUGCUGGAUGUGAUGCUGGUGCUGUACAAAAGAGAGUGGUUCCUUCAGGACGCCAUGCCGUACGUCCGACGCACUCUCAAAAAAUGUGGCCUCACUCUGGAAGACUCAGACUGA